UUAAACUUUAGUUGCCACGUUGGUUAUUGACGACGUGUUCUAUAUUUCCGUCAUUGCAGUAUUUUAUCACUUACACGUUGGCUUCCUUUGUCAUUGGACUUAUUUCAGUUUUUAUACUUAUUUAAUAUAGGAUCAAGUUUUACAGUUCAUAAGUUGAACACAACUGAACAAUGAAAGUAAAAGAGAUUGAUCGAACUGCAAAUGUGGCGUGGUCACCAUCGUCACAGCAUCCAGUGUACCUGGCAGCUGCAACUGCUGCACAACAGCUUGAUGCAACUUUUAGUACAUCAGCUGCUCUUGAAAUAUAUAAACUGAACUUGGCAGAAAAUGACUUGCAAAUGCCAAUGGUUGGAUCAGUACCUUCAGAACACAGGUUUUACAAAAUUCUUUGGGGUUCCCAUGGCAUCGCAAACAGCACUUGCCCAUCUGGUAUAAUUAUUGCUGGUUCUGAAACUGGCAGUGUCUUAGGUUAUAAUGCUGCCUCACUCAUUUCAGGCGAGGAAGUUACUCCUAUUUUUAAACAAGACAAACACACUGGAUCUGUUAAAGCAUUGGAUUUUAAUAUUUUUCAGCCAAAUUUAUUAGCGUCUGGCGCUUGUGAUUCAGAAAUUUACAUUUGGGAUUUAAAUAAACCUGACACUCCAAUGACUCCUGGUUCAAAAUCAAUGCCUCCUGAAGAAGUGACUUGUAUUGCUUGGAACUGUCAAGUUCAACAUAUCCUGGCUUCUACAUUCUCAGCUAGAUGUGUUGUCUGGGAUCUACGGAAGAAUGAGCCUAUUAUUAAAAUUAGUGACAGUAUGUCUGGGAUUAAAAGUAGAUUAACGGCCUGGAGUCCGGAUGUAGCAACUCAACUUUGUUUAUCUUCUGAAGAUGAUCACACACCAGUCAUACAACUGUGGGAUUUACGUUACGCAACGUCACCUUUACGCACAUUUGAGAAACACCAAAGAGGAAUUUUAAGUUUAGCAUGGUGUCCUCAGGAUCCAGAUUUGCUGCUUAGUUGUGGAAAAGACAACAAAAUCCUGUGUUGGAAUCCCAAUUCUACAAUUCAAGGUGGAGAAGUUGUAUGUGAACUAGAAACCAGUAAUCAGUGGAGUUUUGAUGUCCAAUGGUGCCCUCGAAAUCCUGGAAUUAUUUCAAGCGCUUCAUUUGAUGGACAUGUCAGCAUCUUUUCUUUGAUGGGUGGAGGACAUCCCUGUCAACCAACCAACAAGGUUGCUGAAUCAUUUAAUACUAAUGUGUUUCCUGACCAAUCUUCAUCACAUACUGCACCAGUCAUCAUUCCAUUGCAAAAACCCCCCAAAUGGCUAUGCAAACCUGUUGGAGCAACAUUUGGGUUCGGUGGUAAGCUGAUAACUUUUGAACACAUUCGAGGAAAUGUCAAUCCCAACCAAUCUCCUGCAGCUACACAAAUGCAAAACCAAUCUCGAAUUGUUUGUAUCAGUCAAGUUGUUACAGAGACAGAUUUGUUACAUCGAUCGAACCAGCUUCAAAAUGCUUUAAAUAAAAACGAAAUUGUGGAAUUUUGUUCAAUGAAAGCUGAGAAUAGUGUUGAUUCUAUGGAACAAAACAUCUGGAUGUUUCUCAAGUCAAACUUUGAAGAAGAUCCAAGGUCUAAAUUCCUUCAGUUGCUUGGUUAUAAUAAAAAUGAACUUGCCAAAAAUGUAUUGAAGCAUGUAAGCCUGAAUGAGGAUCAACAAGGUGUAAAUGCUGCAGAACUGGCUCAGAAAAUGUCACUCUUGAAUACUGAUUCCUUAGGACAGGGUGGUUUGUCUCUGAGUGGUCAAGGUUCCCCUAGUGUUGGUUCAAAGACUCCUAACAGUAUUGGAGAACCAUCUGAAGCAUCUUCGUUAUUUGAAGAUAUUACCUUGCAACAACGGAAUCUAUCUGGAUCACAAUCCCCAUUGCCUAUUCCAGCUCAUUCAAGUUUAUCAGAUACAUCAAGCUCAAGAACUCCCCUCACAAUAUCCACUAAUUCAGAUGCAAAUGGUUUGCUUAGUCAAGCAUUAUUAAUGGGUAAUUUUGAAGCUGCAGUAGAGAUGUGUCUUCAUGAAAAUCAAAUGGCUGAAGCUAUUUUACUUGCCAUAGCCGGUGGUCCUGAUUUGCUUCGGCGUACACAGAAUAAAUAUUUCAGCACUAAUCACAGUUCUUUAAGCCGAUUAAUUUCAUCAGUUGUGACUCAUGACUGGAAUCAUGUCAUUCAAACCUGUAACUUGGACAACUGGAAAGAAGCUCUAGCUGUACUCAUAACAUAUACGUCUCCAGAAGAAUUCUCUUUUCUAUGUGAUUCCUUGGGAAGUCGACUUGAAGCUGAGAAGGAAUCAUCAGUCUAUGCUAGUUUGUGUUAUAUUUGUUCAGGAAAUGUUGAAAAACUUGUUGAAAAUUGGCAACAAAAUUCACAGAAUGCAAGUGAGCCCUCAGCUCUUCAGGACCUGGUUGAAAAAGUCAUGUUAUUACGCAAAGCUGUUGAAUUUUCUCAAGGCCAAGAAAUACCAAUAAAAGAAGGAUUAGUUGCCGAUAAACUUUGCAAAUAUGCCUCAAUUCUUGCUGCACAAGGAAAUUUGAAUACUGCCAUUAAUUACAUGAACUCAUUUCCAGGGCCUGCCCUAGAUUCAAUGAAGGACCGUUUGUUUCAUGCUCUCAAUGGGAAUGUAGCUGGUGUGCAACAACCAGCUUUCCCGUUUCAAAAAGUAGAAAUCCUUCCAGAAGGGGCUCAAAGGGGCCAACAACAACAGCAUCUACAACAGCAGCAGCAGCAACUACAACAACAACAGCAACUACAACAGCAACACCAGCAACAACAUCAUCAGCAACAGCAACAACAUCAACAACAGCCUUAUCAAGCAUCACAACCCCAACAGGCUUACGGACAAGCUCCACAAAAUUUGUACCAGCCAAACCUGCAACAGAAUCAAUCUUUCCAGAAACAGCAGGAAGAACAAAGACUUGGAUUGAAUUCACAACAGGUCAAAUUUAAUGAGGUUCAAGCAAUUAGCCAGUUUCGAACUACAACUACCCCUAGUUCAUAUUUUGGACAAAAUCAGUAUCCUAGUACGAAUGGUUCAGCUGCUGCACCACAAAUUCCAUCUUAUCCAACACAUAUGAGUUCUAUGAUGGCUCCGUCAACUGGUGCCCCAAUGUCUAAAGGUCCUUUAGCACAAAAAUAUCGUACCCAUUCUGGUUCUGCAAAUGCUGGUUAUGGAAUGGAAAACUACAACCAAACCACUGCCUUAAAUCCAGAUUAUUCUAAUAAAAGUUCAUACCAACAACAGAGUUAUCCUAGUCCAAAUUCUUACCAAACUUCAAAUACUUAUCAUCCACAACAACAAAUGCAGCCAUCCAAUGUAUACAAUCCAAUUUCAACACCAGUAGCUCCACAAGCUUCUGGUCCAAUGGGAGAUAUUCCUUCCUUUCAAGAAAUGAAACCUCACACACCUUGGAAUGAUCCACCUGUGUUUAAAGAUAAAGUGAACAACUCACGUCAUUCAGGCUGGAAUGAUCCCCCCUUGGUUGACCCGGCACCUGUACAGCAAUUUGAAUCUCCAAAUGCAAUUCCCAAUCAAAUGUAUGGAAUUCCUGGAAACACUGAUCAACAACAACCUGUCAACAGUUAUCCAAACAUUUACAACCCCCAGGAACAUCAGCCUCAAUUGCCGCAAUCAGCACCUGUAGUUAACCCAGCUCCAGAACCUGUACCUGAAGUUGUAAAAGGACCUUUGCCAAAUGAACAUCAAAUUUUACAAGAGAUAUUUGAUGCCUUGGUUGAAAACUGUUUAAAAGUUGCAUCAAAUGCUCAAACUAAAAGAAAACUGGAAGACGUAGUUAAGAAACUGGAAGCGUUAUAUGACAAGCUAAGAGAAAAUGCGCUGUCCCAGAACAUCAUUCAAGGCUUGCAUCAAAUUGUACAAUCAUUGCAACAAUAUGACUAUGAUAGAGGACUACAAAUCCAUGCUCACAUGAUUAAGCAUGGAAAUUUUUCUGAAAUUGGAAGCUUUAUGCCUAGUCUAAAAGUAUUAAUGCAAACAGCAAACAAUCUUCAAGUACGAUGAACAAUGGGUGAUGUAAAUCUCUCUAUUGCAUUUAUUCUGAUUAUUCAUAAAUCCUUAACUACAAGAAAAGAACUGAACAUUUCUCUGAAAUCGUGUUAGCAGUUUCUUACGUCUACACAACUGCUAAAUACUGGAAACUCGGGUGAGUCAGCAGAAUGUUAGCGAUUUGGAAUCUAUAUAUUCUUUUGACAUCAUGAUUUAUUAAUAAAAUGUCACGUUCUGAGAUUUUUUUUUUUUCCAAACAAUUCUCAAGGAACCUUCAUUAGAAUUUAAUUAAACAUUUAUAUGUUUAUUUAUUAUUAUUAUUAUUAUUAUUUUUUUUUUUUUUUUGCUGCUAAUUCUUAAAUUAAACUUCAUUUGAUCUAUAGUAUAAUUCUUCUGAUUACUGCAUGCACUUCGCCUGUUACUUGUCCCCCAAACAGGAUGAUUUGAUCACACAUUGAUAAAACUUCUGCUGAUAACUCAAUAAAUUUUAAUAUUUCAACAGAAUUUAAUUCUGUUAAAGGUUUUAUUUGUUUCUUUAUUCCUAUCUUGUUCUGUUCAUGCUUCUAAUUAACUUGUUAAAUAUCUACUUGUUUACUUAGUUAUGGUUUCUUAAACCAAUCAUCCUCAUGUUCAUAGAUUAAAUAUCUCAUUAAUAAAAAAAAAAUUAAUUAAUUUUCUGGGAACAGGGCAGAAAAACAAAUAUCUAUCUUUAUUGUACAGAGCAGUGUGACUUUUCUUUCCUGAAGAUAAAAUCAUUAUUUUUAUUUUUAUUUAUUUUUUUUUUAAUAUUUUUAGUGUCAACAAUCAGAAUUUUGAUAAUAAUGCAAAUUUGACUGAAUAUUAUUAUUAUUUUUUUUUUUUGUACAUUGUAUAUUAUUAGUCAAAUUUUAUAAUUAUAUGGUAAAUUUAUAUUUCAUUGUAUCUGUUACACUAAAUACUGGAUGAAAUUGUUUUGAAAUGAUCAAAUUUGUAAGUUCAAUACUUAGAAUGUUUCAAACUUGUAUAGUUAUGAUUUAUGAUCAAAAUUUCUGUAACCAUGUUUUUAAUCUUUCCUACACAGCAUCUCAAAUAAGUUGAAUUUGUCUCCAAACUUGUCAUCAGUAUAAAAUACAAACUAAAUCAGGCUUGUGUAUAAAUUAGUUACUCAAACAAUGACAUAUUUGUAUACAAAUCUGGCACUUUAAGCAUCCAAUUGAGGCUUUGUGUAGUAAAAAUUUAUUAUAAAAGACAUUUAAAAAAAAAAUUCUUAUUGAUUUGGUGUUAUUAUAAGUUUAGGCUAAUACUCUUCAUUGAAAAGUGUUGUUAUCUUAGAAGUUAGGUAAAUGAUAAAUCUGUCAGAAAAUAGAAUAGCGAUUUUUUUUCAUAAAUUUUUUUUUAGAAAAACAAAAAAAGCAAAUCAUGAUGCAUAAGGUGUAUAAAUGUACAGCAAGUAAAAAAAAAAAAAAGAAAAAUAGUUCUUUUUCUUUUGAGAAAUUGGGAAAAAAAAAAACAACAAAAAUUUGUUUUCAGACCAAUAUUGAAAUAUUUAUUUUUGUAUAUUUUUUCCAGGAAAUAAAAUUGUUUUCUGAUAAAUUUAACUUCUUCCCAAGUGUUAAAUGAUUGUCUCAUUUGUACUCAUUAAGAAUAAUGCAUUGAAAAUGUAUGGAAUAAACUUGUAAUUGUAUUACAGUUAAUUAACACAUUAAAAAUGUGCAAUAAACUUUGUUCAAUAAACAUC